CCUAAAACAAAACAGGUGGAACUUACAUUUCGUCUUAAUAAAGUUAAAAAAAUAUUACUCAUGGACCUGCUUAAUCAAUUAUUAAUUAACUAAAGAAGAGAAGAGAAUGUACACACACAUCAUAUAAUAAUAAUAAUAAUAAUAUAUUUAUGUUUUAUAUAUUUAAUAUGACUGACUGACCACCAUCUAUUUUCUCUCUCUCAUUCUCUCUCUUCUGCAACUUAUAUUUCAUCUCCACAAGCUUCCAAACAAAGAGAAUUAAUGGAAAGUGAGAUUUGCAACGUUUAUUCUUCUGGUUCAUGUGUAGAAGUAAUAUUAGUUAUAUUAUUAUUAUUAUGUGUUGGUUGAUGCAUAUAUAGAACAAAAAUAUAAACCUUAUCUGUAAGAAGCCGUUAAUGGGUGUCUCUGAUUUUCCAUCUUCUUCUUCUUCCUUUAACACUAUUAUUAUUAAUAAUCCCAAACAACAUUCCUAUGGCCCCAUUAUUAUUCAUUACAGCCAAUCCUUCCUCCUCAUAUUAUUAUUAUUAUUAUAAAAAACCAGUUCAAUAUAUUCAAACCUCACUUUCUUCCAUAAUCCAUGGCUCUAGCUGCUAAGAUCAUCACCACCACCACCACUGAGUUUCAUUAUUAUUAUUAUUAUUAUUAUUGUUAUUGUUGUUGUUGUUUCUAUCAGCUGAUUAUCAACGAAUAUUCCAGCCCAGUUUCUCGGCUGUGACCAUGGUUCCUGAACCAAACCUCUCAAAACAACAUCACAAUCUUCUUCUUCUUCAAAAGAGUAGCGAUAUUAUUAUUAGUAGUAACAAUAAUAAUUAUUAUGGUAAUUACGAGAAGUAUAGAGAUCAAGAGUGUUUUAGUCUUAUGAUGAACCGAGCCAACAACGAAGGAUAUGAUAACUACUGUACUAGUACAACUGAUCAAUCUUGCUUAGGAUCUGAUCUAGUACCAGUGGCCGCCGCCGCCACAACCACAACCACCACAACAACUGAUCCAAAUUCAUCAAUGGCAGAAGAUGAAUCCAGAACAAACAGCCUUAAUAAUAACAUUAACAACCAAGAAGAAGCCGGUUCCACCUCAAAACAACAACAACAACAACAUCAAGAUCAAGAGACAGCCAUGAUCAAAGUCGACCAAGACCACGCCAGCUGGCUCCAAUUGAGCAUAGGCGGUACUUGCAGCAGCGGCGGCGCUGAGCCAACACCCAGAAGAAGAGGUUCCGGGUCCGGGUCAGAGCCGGGUGGGUUAAUGAUAGAGCUGGAUCUGUUACCCGGUGGUAGUAGUACUACUAGGAGACAAGAGGAGGCAGCCAACAGAUCAAGUAAUAUUAGUAAUGUUCCUUUGUUUCAAUUAGGGCCUCAUAAUAAUAAUCAUCAAGUCUCAAAUUUUGGUACUACUAAUAAUUAUAGUACUACAUCGUUAAUGUAUUUUCAAAACCCAGGAACUACUACCACUACUAGUAGUAGUUCUAACUUUCCUGUUCCUCAUCCUCAUCAAAUUCCUAUUCAACAUCAUCUUUCUUCACAAUAUCAAUAUCAUCAACAGCAAGAGGCCAUCAAUUGGGGGUUUAGGCCUAACUUAAUUCAUCAUCAUCAUAAUCAGUAUCCCUCAUCAUCAUCCUCCUCCUCUCAGUUGCAUAAUACUAAUACCCAUAACAAUAGUAAUAUUUUGAUGAUUCCACAACUGGGGUCUUCUUAUUUCGGUCGCCAGUUUCAUCUCCAACCACCGCCGGUACUCGAUACCGCCGCUGCCCCCGAACCCAGCUUAGAUUUCAGAGUUGUUAACCCUCCCAAGAGGCCCCACUCUGGCAUUUGGUUUAUGCUCCAAGCAUCACAAAAUCAAGCUAAGGAACCAUUCUUGCCUCAAAUAUCAAAGAGCUUCUUAAGAAUACGGGAUGGAAGCAUGACAGUUGGAUUGCUAAUAAAGUAUCUGGUCAAUAAGCUGAGAUUGGAUAGCGAAUCAGAGAUAGAGAUCAGAUGUAGAGGGCAACAGGUUCUACCCAUGUUGACGUUGCAGCAAGUAAGAGAUAACAUAUGGGGUCCAACUGUGACUACUUUGCUUCCAGACUCUUCUUCUUCUACAACUGAUCAUCUCAUGGUGCUUCACUACGCUAGGACUCCUUAAUUUUAUAUCCAUUUUUCUCAUUUAUUUAUAUAAUAUUUGUCUCCCUUGUAUUAUCACCAUUUUUAUAAUUUAUAUUAAAAGGGAAAAGAAAAAAAAAAACUUUUUUUCAUUCUUACUUCUAAA